CCCAUCCUCGUUUCUUGCAACCGUGCCCGCGUGCUCGCUUUCUCGGUUCCUCUACCUUGGCUGAACGAGUUCCGCCGCGGCGCCACGGCCACCUCCACGGCCUACUUCGUGGCUGCCUCCCGCCGUCGCGCAACCUCGUCCGAGCUUCCACCGCGCGUGCUUUUGACUGCUUCUUUCUUCGCUUGGGCCUCGUUGUCGUUGAGCCGGAGCCGAGUUCCGCCGUCGCCCGCGCCGACGCGUCCUCGUUGACCGCAUCUCUGCCUAGGUCUCGGUCUGUAGGUUAAUUCCCACAGUGCAUCAACCCUCUACUCAGAUCUGAACUAACACGGCGACUACCAGUAGAUCCUUUUGUCUUCCCCGCUACAGAGCUUUCUGUUGGCAGUUGGCACUGGCAUGAGCAAGAGAAGUGGAGUUUUUCUUCUCCUAUGGCAUCUCCGAGCACUCUGGUAGUUUCUCCGAAGGUAUCCAUUGUAACCAGCUAUGGGUUCAUUGACUGCACAAGAAAAAUACUACUGACACCAGAAGGAUACCACUGCCCUGUCUCUAUUAAGCAUAAUGCAGCUUGCUCUUGGUACAGCAAACUGGCUCCUCGGGAAGGUGCUAAACAAGCUGUCCAGUAAGUUAGUGGAAGCAUGGGUCGCAAGCUCUGAGCUCAAUAGCAACAUGGAAGCUAUCAAAAGAAAGCUGUGGUACACACAUGGCAUGCUGCAUGAAGCCCAGAAGAGAGAUGUGAGGGACAACCAGGGAUUGCUGGUGCUCCUGCACCAGCUAAGCAACACAGCUGAUCAGGCAGAGGAUAUGCUGGAUGAACUGGACUAUUUCCUCAUCCAGGAUGAGCAAUAUAACACCCAGGAGGCUGCUGCAGAGGUUCAUGGUGUCAUCGUUGGUCCUGCUCUUCAUGCUCGCCAUGUUACUCGCCAUUUUAUUGGCAAAUGGUUUUCAUGCUGUUCGUGUUCACAUGAACCUGAACAUACUCAUGGUGAUGAUCCCAGUGGUGAUGAUGAUGUAGACAUCAUUAAAAGCCCACCAAGGCCUGUUUUCAAUAGAGUGAAUAUGUCCAACAGAAUCAAGAUGUUGGUAGAGCACAUGCAAGAUCUAUGUGAUCCUGUCUUGGCUCUGUUAACUCUAAACAUCUCCAGCCUUGCGCAUGACAGCACAGUUGCUCUGAGAUGACCUGUUACCACCUCAAUGUGUACAGAGGUCACGCUGUUUGGGAGGAGGACCUUGCUCAAUAAAAUUACAAAUGACAUGACUGCUGGUGAAUAUCAUCUCGAAAGACUCUCGGUUCUUCCUGUAGUGGGCCCUCCUGGCAUUGGAAAGACAACGUUGAUUCAGACUUUAUGCAAUGACCCAAGAAUACAAGAACACUUCUCCAUCAUAAUUUGGAUUAGUGUGUCACUUAAUUUUAGUGUGCACAGGCUCUCUCAGGAAAUUUUUAGGUGCAUACCUCCCACUGAAAGUGAUGGCAGAAGCAGAGCACGUGAACCAACAAAUUUGGAUCAACUACAAAAAUUAAUUGAAAAAAGAUUGAAGUCAAAAA